AAGAUCCCUUGCGUCACCGGCGCGCGCAGCUGCCGUCGCGGAGAGAUGAUGUUUAGGUCCGGGACUGUCAGUCAGUGCGCGGCCAGGUACGGGCCGACGGGCCCGCGGGGCCGGCGCCGCCAUGGCGGCCGUGUUUGAUUUGGAUUUGGAGACGGAGGAAGGCAGCGAGGGCGAGGGCGAGCCAGAGCUCAGCCCCGCGGACGCGUGUCCCCUUGCCGAGUUGAGGGCAGCUGGCCUAGAGCCUGUGGGACACUAUGAAGAGGUGGAGCUGACUGAGACCAGCGUGAACCUUGGCCCAGAGCGCAUCGGGCCCCACUGCUUUGAGCUGCUGCGUGUGCUGGGCAAGGGGGGCUAUGGCAAGGUGUUCCAGGUGCGAAAGGUGCAAGGCACCAACUUGGGCAAAAUAUAUGCCAUGAAAGUCCUAAGGAAGGCCAAAAUUGUGCGCAAUGCCAAGGACACAGCACACACACGGGCUGAGCGGAACAUUCUAGAGUCAGUGAAGCACCCCUUUAUUGUGGAACUGGCCUAUGCCUUCCAGACUGGUGGCAAACUCUACCUCAUCCUUGAGUGCCUCAGUGGUGGCGAGCUCUUCACGCAUCUGGAGCGAGAGGGCAUCUUCCUGGAAGAUACGGCCUGCUUCUACCUGGCUGAGAUCACGCUGGCCCUGGGCCAUCUCCACUCCCAGGGCAUCAUCUACCGGGACCUCAAGCCCGAGAACAUCAUGCUCAGCAGCCAGGGCCACAUCAAACUGACCGACUUUGGACUCUGCAAGGAGUCUAUCCAUGAGGGCGCCGUCACUCACACCUUCUGCGGCACCAUUGAGUACAUGGCCCCUGAGAUUCUGGUGCGCAGUGGCCACAACCGGGCUGUGGACUGGUGGAGCCUGGGGGCCCUGAUGUACGACAUGCUCACUGGAUCGCCGCCCUUCACCGCAGAGAACCGGAAGAAAACCAUGGAUAAGAUCAUCAAGGGCAAGCUGGCGCUGCCCCCCUACCUCACCCCAGAUGCCCGGGACCUUGUCAAAAAGUUUCUGAAACGGAAUCCCAGCCAGCGGAUUGGGGGUGGCCCAGGGGAUGCUGCUGAUGUGCAGAGACAUCCCUUUUUCCGGCACAUGAAUUGGGACGACCUUCUGGCCUGGCGUGUGGACCCCCCUUUCAGGCCCUGUCUGCAGUCAGAGGAGGACGUGAGCCAGUUUGAUACCCGCUUCACACGGCAGACGCCGGUGGACAGUCCUGAUGACACAGCCCUCAGCGAGAGUGCCAACCAGGCCUUCCUGGGCUUCACAUACGUGGCGCCGUCUGUCCUGGACAGCAUCAAGGAGGGCUUCUCCUUCCAGCCCAAGCUGCGCUCACCCAGGCGCCUCAACAGUAGCCCCCGGGCCCCCAUCAGCCCCCUCAAGUUCUCCCCUUUUGAGGGGUUUCGGCCCAGCCCCAGCCUGCCGGAGCCCACGGAGCUACCUCUACCUCCAGUCCUGCCACCGCCGCCGCCCUCGACCACCGCCCCUCUCCCCAUCCGUCCCCCCUCAGGGACCAAGAAGUCCAAGAGGGGCCGUGGGCGUCCAGGGCACUAGGAAGCUGGGUGGGGGUGAGGGUAGCCCUUGAGCCCUGUCCCUGCGGCUGUGAGAGCAGCAGGACCCUGGGCCAGUUCCAGAGACCUGGGGGUGUGUCUGGGGGUGGGGUGUGAGUGCGUAUGAAAGUGUGUGUCUGCUGGGGCAGCUGUGCCCCUGAAUCAUGGGCACGGAGGGCCGCCCGCCACGCCCCGCGCUCAGCUGCUCCCGUGGAAGAUUAAAGGGCUGAAUCAUGGCGCUGA